AAAAUACUCCAUUUAGCCCACUACGCAUACCAUUGCGCCGCACUGGACCGAUACUGUGGCACUGACCAACCGUAUCUCGUGCCAUUCGUGAGUUCCUUACGAGAAGAAAAAAAACCCAGGCCAAAUCAACUAGGCUAUAAGCUCGUGGUGCCGUCACGGGCACAGGACGUAAACAUGCUGUGACCUCACAUGGUCUUCUUCGGAAUGUUUCAGGCAGAGAUAUGAAGUUUCUCCCUCUUUCUUUUAAUUCUGUAAGUCCGCGCCGCUUCACCUCGGGAAGAAAACAACCCUACCAGUGCGCAGGAACAUAGGCUAUAGUAUCGAUUCACAUAACUCUCCUUUCUCAAGUCAUUUUAUCUGUUUCAUGCACCAUCGCAAAUUGGGUCUGGUUUUAGGGAAAGGUGUUCGGUAAGCCUAUGCAAAAAUACAAAUAUUCGUGCAUUAUGACUUGUGAGGUGUAUUCGGAAUUUCACCUCUUCGGAUUUUGAGCAGUUUGGCUGACCACUUGUUCCUACACCAUCCACAAAGCAAACACUUCCUUAGCCAUAGCACUAGGGUUGCAGCGUUUGAGCAUUCCAAUCUCCAUAGGAUCUCUCAGGAAUGCGAAACCCAACUCCUAUCCACAUCGCAACAACAUGGGGAAGAAACUCAUCAUUCUGUCUAUAACUAUUGCGGCAUUUUCAGCCUUUGUCGGAGAACGUGUGCUGAACAUCAGAAAGAAGCUCCUGGCUAACAGGGAACUCAAGCAGAACCACCUCCCCAACUGUAGAUACAUUAAAGGUCUUGAGUAUGGGUCGGAAGACAUCACAAUACUUCCAGGUGGCCUAGCGUUCAUCAGUACGGGUCUGAAAAUCGGCAGCUUCCCAUCCUCAGAUGGACCGGGGAAAAUCUACAUCCUGGACAUGGAGGAGGAGCGGAUGAAGCCUGUGGAGCUGCGCAUGGGAAGAGGCUUCUCGAUUGACUCUUUCAACCCCCAUGGAAUCAGCACCUACACUGAUGAUGGUGGUGCUGUAUACCUCUUUGUGGUCAAUCAUCCUCAUGAGGACAGUCAGGUUGAGAUAUUCAAAUUUGUGGAGGAAGAGAACUCUCUUAUGUACCUCAAAACAAUAAAACAUGAGCUUCUGAACAGUGUGAAUGACAUCAUGGCUGUGGGACCAGAGAGUUUUUAUGCCACAAACGAUAACUACUUCAGUGGAAUUCUGAAAAUGUUGGGAUUGUUCCUCUCGUUGCCAUGGUGCACAGUCGUGUACUACAGCCCAGAGGAAGUUAAAGUUGUGGCGGACGGUUUUUACAUGGCAAAUGGUAUCAAUGUUUCUCCAGACAAGAAGCACAUGUAUGUGGCAGAUUUUCUCGACAGCAAAGUUCAUGUGAUGGAGAUACAGGAGAGUAAAGAUUUAACACCUGUGAAGUCUGUUGAUGUAGGAACACUUCCCGAUAACAUUGAGGUGGACCCUGAGACUGGUGAUGUAUGGGUGGGCUGCCAUCCCAACGGCUGGAAAAUAGUUGCCAAUAACCCAGAGGAGGAUCCGGGAGGUUCAGAGGUUGUACGGAUUCAGAACAUCCUCUCAGAGCAGCCAAGUGUGCAGCAGGUCUACAUGGACGAUGGCAGCGUUCUGAUUGGCUCCACAGUCGCUGCUCACUACGGAGGAAAGCUUCUCAUUGGCUCAAUCUAUCACCGAACCCUAUACUGUGAUCUGGAGGAUAAGAUGGUAUAAUGUUGAUUGAUUUAUCGGAAAUGUGUAACGUUAAAACUAUUUUUGAGUGGGACCAAAUGCUACCUGAAACAUGAUUUCAACAUGAUAGAGUUAUAUCAGAGGUGUCAAAAGUAAAAGUAAAAGUAAAUUCAUGGCGUAAGUGCAACACUAGCACAUGAUAUCACACAGCUGUUAUAGCGUUUACCCCAUUGUACCUAAUGAGGUAGACAGACUCUGUUGUUACUGAAAAACACUAAAAACCCCAACAAGAACCCACCACAAAUUUGAUCCCACCUGCGCAGAGUCAGCUGAUCGUAAGACAAGUACACAGGUCUACUUUUUACCUCUAUUGGAAGGAAACUUCCUUUUUUUACUUUUAGACCUCUGAGUUCUAUUAACACUGGUAUUGAAGCUGUGCACUGUUCUGUAUGAUGUUGAUCGUUUUCUCAGAGAUUUGUGAAUGGGGCUGUUUCUCUAUACUUAGAGCAGAGAUCUUAUUUGCACUGAACAUACAAACUGGGGGGAAUCACACAUUGAGUCUGUUCCCCUCCUCACAUACACUAAGUAUUAGAGUGUUUACACUUUAACAGGUGCUGUUACUGCAUGGCCUGUUGGCCAUGGUUUGGCCUAUGGGUUGCUCAUAGGUGUUCUAUUUUGUUUUAUACGUGAUAUAAUAAGAAAUGGGAAUAUUACAUAUGAUAGUUAAGUUUGUGUCUUUGUAACAUUCUUUGAACAUGUUGUAGCUAUGCUCUAUUGUGUGCUGAGCUGACUGCUAACAUCUACACACAUAUGAUCGCAUAGCCAGCAGAGGUCAGAAUAGACUGUGACUAAGUUUGCUGAUGACACUGUGGUGGUGGGCUUGAUAAGCACUGGACAAGCAUACCUGAUACAUCUUGCAGUGGUGCCAGCUCAAAAACCUGGCACUUAGCAUGCGAUAUGAUAAGAUAUGAUAUGGUACGAUGUUGCUUUAUUGUCAGUUUCACUAAAAUUCAUUUCGCAUCCCUGAGCAAGACUUGUUCAAGAAAGGACAUGCAAAAGAAAUGUUGGACUACAGAAAACAAUGGGGAAACUACACUCCACUUAACAUCUGUAAACAACCUGUUGAGAGAGUAGAAAGUUUCAAGUCUGAAAAUUAGUUUUGCCACAAAAGGAAGAGUAGAUAGGCUACAUUUUGGAGGAUCUGGGAUAUAUUUAGGGAGUUUCUAGAAGACAAUAAUGUUGUAGUGGAAGACUGGGAUGUGGUGAGGGUCUGAAAUGUAUUUGUUUACUUUAUAGUUUUUUUCAUUUGUUUUUUUUAUUAUUUGUUUGCUUAUUUGUUUUGUAUGUGCCUUGGGUGUGGGGUUGUGUUUCUGUUAAAGACUAAAAAACUUUAAUAAAGAAAUGUUUGGGAAAAAAGAAAGUUUCAAGUAGCGGAAGUAUCCAGUGGUUGCACACAGAGGAAGGCACACGCCUAAACGCGUCUGUGCACAUAAAAUAAAACAAAAAAAACACAUUCAUGCAAGGUGCGCCCCUUUCUGUUGAAUUUUAAGCACCUAAAAGAAACGUGCAUGUCAACAUGCACUGUGACUACUGAAGCAGAUCAUGAUACUCUCCAUAGGAUUUCAUUCAAAUCUCACACCAAUCUAUUUAAGCCAGAUGCAGACUCAAAAUGUAAAAGUUCAAGGGUAAACUCUACCAGGUUUUAAUCUGGGGUACUCACUUUUGUGGGUACAUGUUCAAACAUUAAUGGCUGUAUUUUGAUAAUUUGUGAGUGAACAACACAUUUAAGCGGUUAUGUCGUUAGGCCACUAAUCAUUGUGUCAAAGUGACAUUUCUUUAAUGUUGUCCUAUGAAAAGAUAAUUUACAAAUCUGCAAAAAUGUGAGGGUACUCACUUAUAUGACAAACUGUCUUGUAUGUGACAAAUAAACAUGAACUGCUGAAUCUA